GAAAACAAAAUCAAACCCAAAAAAAAAAAAGUAAAAAAGAAAAGAGCAUUCCCAAUUCCCAUUAUAGCCAAUUAGCUAAGCGAAAAAAGAAUUAAGAGACAGGCAGAGAAAAGACACUCUCUCCCUCCACUAAAAAACCUCCCUCUCCUCCUCUCUUCUGCCGCACCACCACCAACAACCAUUUCCAUUUUCCGCCGACAGACAUGCGAAUCUCUGACUGAGAAAUUUAAGUUGGUUUAAGCAAACUGCCUCGUUCUGCGCGCUUUUUGAACUCCAUUCCGGAGGGAGGGUCCGUACGGCCAAGUUCGUAAGCAUUCCCUUGUUUGUUUCCACCUCCGGAUUCCGAUUCCCCCGCAUUCGCCAGAGAAAGAAAUCCAUUCCGCUGUUGCAGAAGAGCGAGCGGAACCGAAGAUGUUGACAUGCAUAGCUCGCCCUAAGAAGCUCGGCGACGACUCGCUGAGUCAACCUGAGGAAUCGGACUCCUCCAACAUGCCCAACAAUAAGCAACAAGCCGCGAUCAAAUCGCUCACUUCUCAGCUCAAGGACAUGGCGUUGAAGGCGUCGGGAGCGUACCGGCACUGCAAUCCAUGCACCGGACCGGCGGCGGCGAGCCAGGGCGUGCGGUUCAAGAGUAACGGCACGGAGUCGGACGCCGACUCGGACCGUUUCCGGUGGUCGUACCGGCGGACGGGGAGCUCGAGCUCGACGACGCCGAACAAGUGGGGAAAGGAGAUGGAGAUGAGGCUGAAGGGGAUCUCGAGCUCGAGCGGCGAGGGAACGCCGGUCUCCGCCAGCGGCCGGCGAGUCGAUCCGCUGAUCGUCUUCGUGGAGGAGAGCGAGCCCAAGGAGUGGGUUGCCCAGGUGGAGCCCGGUGUCCUCAUCACCUUCGUCUCGCUUCCGCGCGGCGGGAACGAUCUCAAGCGGAUACGAUUCAGCCGAGAGAUGUUUAACAAGUGGCAAGCUCAAAGAUGGUGGGCAGAGAACUAUGACAGGGUCAUGGAACUGUACAAUGUUCAAAGGUUUAACCGCCAAGCUUUCCCUCUUCCAACUCCACCGAGAUCUGAAGACGAGAGCUCAAAAAUGGAAUCAGCAGAAGCUAGCCCCAUAACACCACCAUUAACUAGAGAACGUUUACCUCGCAAUUUGUAUCGUCCGACGGGAAUGGCAAUGGGCUACUCAUCUUCAGAUUCAUUUGAGCAACACUCGAUGCAGUCUCGCCACUUCUAUGAUUCAGGAGGUAUCAAUUCGACACCUAAACUGUCAAGCAUCAGUGGGGCCAAGACGGAGACGUCAUCAAUGGAUGCUUCUAUCAGGAGUAGUUCGUCGAGGGAUGCCGAUCGUUCAGGAGAGCUAUCCAUUAGCAAUGCUAGUGAUCUCGAGACUGAAUGGGUUGAACAGGAUGAGCCAGGUGUGUACAUAACUAUCAGAGCGUUGCCAGGUGGCAAACGGGAGCUCAGACGAGUCAGAUUCAGCCGAGAAAGAUUCGGGGAGAUGCAUGCUAGAUUAUGGUGGGAAGAGAAUCGAGCAAGAAUACAUGAACAGUACUUGUAAUCGACCGAAUGGGGUUAGCUGCCGGUUCUUCAAGAGUCCCAAAGGUGGUGUUAUUUAUAAUUUUGUCUUUCUUAUUUGUUUCGAAAUCGCCAUACUACUAAAGGUCUUGUCUAUAGAAUCACAAACCGGUGCUGCUGGCGCCUCUGGAUGUUCUAAGCUCUUUCUGGGCUCUGCAUACACCACUGGAAAGAAACUAAGAAAGUUGCAAGGUGACUGUAUGUUCUUGAUCCAGAACAUUCUCAUAGGAUGGGGUGGUAGAUUAUUAUUAUUAUUACUAUUAUUAUUUUUCUUUCCCGUUUACCUAUUCUUAUUAAGUUUAUUGGUGGGUGAAGAGCAUCAGUUGUAUUUGAAUUUGAAACUUUGAGAUGUCAAUACCAGUGAAAGAAUAUGUUCUCUUUCUUUCUGCUUCCAACUUUUUUCAUGGC